AUGACUAAAGCAGCCUUUGAAAACUCAAACGACGGUUUACGCAAAGGAGCAAUUUCUCUGAUGCUUUACGCGUAUGUUUUCCCGAAACUCCCCAUCGUUAAUUAUUAUCGAAGAAAAGUGGCUUCUGAAGGAUCUAAAACUGUUAAUGCUGAUCUUGCUGCUGCUGGUAUCCAAAAUCAAUCAUAUUCGACUGAUGAUGUUUCCAAUAAUCAAAGGUUAAGCAACAAAGAGCUCUUAGUUCAAAACAUAGACUAUGCAGUGAAUCUAACACUCAUCUACCUUAUAUCAUUAUCCAUUUUUCCGGGGUUCUUAUAUGAGAACACGGGACAACACGGGCUAGGCUCUUGGUAUGCGCUUGUCCUAGUAGCCAUGUAUAAUUGUGGGAACAUGGUUGGGAGGUACACACCGCUGGUGGAAUGGCUCAAGAUUGAGAACAGAAAAGGGCUCACCCUUGCGGUUUUGUCACGUUUUCUCUUCAUCCCGGCGUUCUACAAAGGUCCGGAGAAGAAUGCGUUAGGGAACUUGCUCGUGGUUUUCUUAAUAGGAGGAAUAGUUGCAGGAACUUCUUUGGGUUGGCUAUGGCUUAUUGGUAAGAAGAAUGCCUUCUGA